GUGAAAGUGAAACAUCAAAUGUCAAGGUGUGUAGUUGACUGUGGUAGAGGCAGGUAAAGCAUCGACACAAAAUAUACUUCUAACAGAACAGCGAAAUACUUGUGUUGCUGAGGUAUGAAAUCUGCAGUAGACAAAUGUUUUACCCUGUAAUUUUCACCGAUAACACAAAUUGUUGAGCGACAUAGUUAGAAUGUGAGAGGACAGGUCUGUAGGCACAAGGUUACAACAUGAAGAGAUCUGUGGAGUUUCUGUUAGGCUGAAGGGGAGCCACAUAAAGUCGCAGCUACUUUGACAAGCAGCCAUAGGGGCCAUUAACAUCUGGGAUGAUGAGGGGAUUGGAAGAUCAGGAUAAGAAGGAUGAAUCUCACAGAGGUGUGAGUGACACGGUGAGGACAGAGAAUGAGGUUACUGAUGGAGUUUUGCGGAGGCCCCUGACUCUACUGGACAGGUUGCGACUGUGUCAGGACGCCUGGGCCCCUGGGAACCCCUGGGAUAGAGACGGGGCCCACGCUGCCCUCUGGGGCCGGCCUGCUGGGAGCUUCCUGGUGUUGAGGGACUCUGCCUCCCAGCCCAUCCUGCUGUGUGUGUCCACUGGAGGAGGGAGUGGACAUGUCAGAGACAACCCCAUACAACACAUUGGUGCAGUUUAUCAGCUAUCUCAGUCAUAUUUAGGCUUCUCUGAUCUGGCUCAGUUAGUGGUCUUCUACUCUCUGAGCAGGGACGUGUUGCCAGUGUGUCUGUUCAUCCCUCCGUGGCUCUAUAGUGUAUCAGAUCAGCCACAGUCCAGCAGUCUGUCCCAGCUGGGUCCCAAGUCCUGGCUGUGUCCCACCACUGACCUCCAGCCUGAUCACAUGACUCAGAGGGCUCCUAGUACUGCCAUGUGCACCAUACAGCUGACAGCAGCCAAUGGUGCUCUGUGCAUCAUCAACCCACUCUAUCUCCAUGAGCAUGGCGAUGACUGGCUGACGCAUCAACCAACCAGCUCACAGCGAGUUAAUCGGCCAUCCAAUUAUAGGCAUGAGAGACGACUGAGUACAACGAGACCUUGGUCAGGGGCGGGCCUUCUUACUAAGAGAGCUAUUUCAUUGGAGCAGGAGCCCUGCAGCUCCAGUCCUGAUAAUCCAGGGUCUCCUGUAGUCCAGGCUUCCCCGUCUCCCCCCACCCCAACAGGAGGGGUGGUUCUGAGGAGGCCCAGUAGGGAUGCUUCCAUUGAGUCACUCCACAGAACAGGGAGCCAGGACCGCACUAACACCUCCAGGCCCCCGUCAGACCCCAAGCCCCUGUUCAGCCCUGCCCCGCAGUCCCCUCACAGGGUGUCCUGGAUUGAGGACAAUGUAUGGCUCUCCCAACCACCACCCUCCUCCCUCCUCCGUCCCCCCUCCCUGGAGCUGGACUCGCUGUCAAUCAGCAGCAUUGAGGAGGAGCCGGAGUCGGUCACCAGCCCCUCCCACUCCCCCCACCCCUCGUAUCGGUUGGCCGACAAGGUGAAGCACCGCCUCUCGGCUGUGGGCCUGGCCAUUGGUGGGCUGGGGUCUCCACAGAAGAGGCUGACCAAGCGGGUGCAGGAGCUCAGUAAGCGGAGGGGCGGGGUAUUUGCAGAGGCAGUGCUGGAAUUCGUUGAGAUGACCCUAGGGGCUGGGUUUACCCCUGGAAUGACAGGUGUGGAUUUGCUUCAGGAGGUGCGUACGGCUCUCACUGCCCUGAGAGAGACACUGCUGGACUGUCCCGAGAUACACAUCUUCAUAGACAGUAUGGCCGACACACCCAACUGGGAGCUGGAUGCCAUACUGGAGCUCUCCCUACACAAGGUGGCCCUGAAGCCUGUGAGCUCCCACCUGUACACCUGCCUCCAGAGCUGUCGGGACCAUGACGGUAGCCUGCGGAAGCUGAGGGAGAACCAGCGGGUCCUGGAGGGCCGGGGGGUGGAGGAGCUGGAAGGGACGCCUGGGGCGGGGGUCCCUGACCCUGUCACCCUGGAGAAGAUCCAGCAGAGGUGGUCAGCCAUGCACCAGUCCUACUCCCCCAGCAGGAAGGUCCAUAUCAUGCUCAAGGUCUGCAAGACCAUCUACCACAGCAUGACAGCCAAUGCCAACCCAGGUGUAGUGUACGGGGCUGAUGACUUCCUGCCCUGUCUGACCUGGGUGCUUCUGCGUAGUGAUGUGGUCACUCUGCAGCUGGACACUGACUACAUGAUGGAGCUACUGGACCCCACACAGCUGCAGGGAGAGGGAGGUUAUUACUUGACGUCCCUGUACGCCUCUCUCUUCUACAUCAGCAGCUUCCGCCCUCGUCUCGCCACGCGCCAGCUUAGCACCGAGGCCCAGAAAUCCCUGAGCCAAUGGCAUCGCAGGCGCACUCUGCACUGCAACCAAUCACGACGCACCACAAAUCGGAGGACCCUCCGGAGACCUGGGCAUGGCGAGAAGGGCAGGGAAAACUCCUGUGAUGCAGAGACGGAAACUGGCACAGGAAGUGUAACUGACGCCCCACCGGCGCCCUCUAGUGUUGUGGCCAAGGCACUGCACAUAAUCUCAGAGGUUGUGGUAGCGGCGAGGGAGGAGGGGGGCAGCAGAGCGGAGGGCCAAGGAUCCCCAGCUGCACAACUCCAGGCCUCACCUCGGAAGGAGAGACAGGACUCAGGUUAGUCUCCACAGGGUCCAUGAGGCACUCUGCGCCAGGCCAGUAGAGCUGGAAGACCGGACAGACACACAGAUGGGUCAGCAGAGGUCAGAGAGGACUGGGCUGCCAGUGGGAGACUGAAGCCAGAGUGAUGAAGCCAGAGAGAUGAAACAGAGGAGCCAGUCUGUCUAGGACCCUGGGCUUUACCGCAAACACUUAGCUGGCAAACAUGGAGUCGCCUUCUCAAUAUUGUAAUGCAAACUUGUUAUGCAAAACAUUUUAUUUUACAAUUCCUGGUUUCAGUUGCAUUGAAUUCCACCCAAUAAGACAUGAAGAUAAUGGUCUGAUUAGGCUGAAUUUGGGUAAUAUGAUAAUGUGCUUUAAAUUGUUUAAUAAUAUAAUAAUAUAAUAUGCCAUUUAGCAGACGCUUUUAUCCAAAGCGACUUACAGU